GGUAAAAAAAAAAAAAAAGUUCGGAGGGUGAGAAAAAUUUCGGCAUUUUAUAUGCACGCGGGCGGUGAGCACUUAUCGAUAAGGUAGUGUUGUCUUGGCAUCCAACAACCGACGUCGUUUUAUGCCUCGUCAUCUAAACAGGGACAAUACCACUGUGUUGGUAUAGAAACAUAUCCAUUAUGGCCCGAUCGUUGAAUGUAAAUAGCGCUGCUUGGCUAUUUCCUUUUCGAGGAAUCCUAUACUAUUCUACGCAUCGCUUCCUCUGGCCCUUAUUCAAAGCUCGAUUAAUCCCGAUUAUCCUCCUUUCCACAUUUAUCUACGUACUCCUUUUCCUUUUCACAUACAUACCCCAGGUUGCGUUCCUCGCCAUUUUCCAAGGCAGAACCGCAUGGAUCAGCGGUGCCUUUUUGGUCCUAGGCGAAGGUGCAGCCAUCGUUGCUGCGCUAUUCGAAGCCUUCUUCGUCGACGAGACACUGGUGGAUAUAUUCGAUGCGGUGUUGGUUAACGAGGGUCAUGGGGAACUGGUCACGACGUCUCGGGUACUAUAUCCCCAGGGAGAUAAUAUCGUGCAGCGACUUGGAAAACCUACGAAGGGGGCGGUGUAUGCGCCGUUUUCCCUGAGACAGAUCGUUGAGUUUGUGAUCUUGCUACCGCUGAACUUGGUUCCCGUUGCGGGUGUGCCGAUGUUCCUGCUCUUGACGGGAUAUCGUGCUGGGCCGUUUCACCACUGGCGGUACUUUCAGUUGUUGAAUGUACCGAAAAAGCAGAGGAAGGAGCGGAUUCGCCAGAGGCAGCUUCAUUAUACUUCGUUUGGAACGGUGGCUUUGCUGCUACAGCUGGUUCCAAUUUUUUCAAUGUUCUUCCUGAUGACGACAGCUGUUGGCUCUGCUCUUUGGGCUUCGGAGUUGGAAAACAGACGUGGUCUGUUGGAGCAAAGACGUGAGCCAGCGAUUCCGAGAUAUAACGACGAGGAAGCGGCCUAAACGUGUACAUACCACCUGCACCAGGUGGGCGAAGAGAUACUACCGAUACUUACGAUUGAUGAAACUGAAUAUACCAAUGCCAUGUUUAUGUGAUAUGAUGUACUGUUUGGCUUGUUACAUUGGAGGUUAUUUACUGGCUUUGCGGCCUUUGCAAUGGAACAAAUUCACGUGAUAGUUUGGCUGCUUGCUUUGGCCUUAUCGCCACUCUGUACGUUAUAAGCGCAUCAAAGUUGACCAUAGAGCAUUAAAUUACCAUGCCCCGACUCUCGACCCGUUACCAUGGUCUCAAGGCUCACACAGUU